AUGGAUCUGAUACAUAGUAAAGCAUUUUUAAGCCCUCUAAAGGGGUUCCUGGUUUUGCCAUCCUCAACCCAAGAAGAAAGAAGUGACACCAUGAAUUGCAAUUUAGAUGACCUUCCACGUUUGUAUGUCAUUGGCAAUAUACAAAAUGUGAAUAGAAAAAUCUCUCAUUUAGAACUGGGAUUGAGAAGAUAUGACAAUAGUGAUGUAGUGAUUGAGGAUAUGAUGCUGAGGAAAUAUGCAGAAAUGAAGGGUUCUAGAAAAGGACGACGUAUAAGCAAGGGGAAAGAGAAGGAUCAGGUGGUGAUUCAAAAGCCUGGAAGGCAUGGUUCAGACAUAGAUACUGUAAGAAAUCAGAGCAAAGUAACUCAGAAAAAGAUGGUCACAGAAAAGAAUAAACUUGUAGAAUUGUAUCAUUACCCAGGAUAUCAUAAGGAGGAACUGACACCACUGCCCAAUGGAAUAGAGCUGGAUGAAAUUUUGGAGAAAGUGAUUCGUGCUCAGAGUAAAACUGUAGUUGGGAAGACACAGUGGGCUGUGAAAAUGCUACACAGGUUUCUUGAUGCUCCAUGCACCCGAGCUGUUUUGCUGGAUAGUUUCUGGUGGCAGUUCCUACACCUGUAUCAUCCUAAUCGAGAAAUACAGGGGCAUUUGUUUGAACGUAUUGCAGAAAAUUAUGCCUGCAUUCUGUUACGGUAUCACAAGGUUUCCAACCAGGAAUGCAUCCUCAAAUUUUUUCCAUCACUACUGAGUCAAGCUGUGUACAUCUGCUUCUGCUCCUGUUUCCCGAGGUCCUGGUUUAAUACCUCUGAAUUCAAGGCCCAGCUCUGUGAUGUAUUCUUCGAGUGGCUGGGAGGUACACUGCAUGAACCAAGAAGUUUCAAUAAAUGGGAUUACUCCCAGCUGGAACCAGAACGAUCCAGGAGAGAAGAUUUGAUGUCAGGAAAGAAAAAAUUAGGGACUGGCACUGGUGUUCCCUUUGAGAGCUACAAGCAAUAUACUUCUAUGGGAAAGGCCCACGUUCAGAAGCAGACUCUUUCAAGAAAAGAAUUUAACAGAUCCAUUAAAAAAGCCAAGAAAACUGCAUCUGGGAAAAAAGAUCAAAAGCAGCUUUCCAAAAAAGUUAGCAGAUUGAAAAGUGAAGAAAUAAAGCAUGCUGCAUCAAGUAGUGACCAGCUUAAAGAGGAUAGCGAGAAGGAUGCAUGGAGCAGAUACCAAUAUUUAUCCAAAAAGAAACUAAAGAUAGCUUUGCUUCCUCGAGAGUCACACUCAGCUUGCUGUGGUCCUGAGUUUACGUGGCAUCGCUUCAAUAUUAGUGGUCAUAGCCCUCUAAUUCAACAUUUCUUCCAGAAACAUGGUGCUGAAUCAAAAUCGGGAUGUGACAUCUUUCUUUCUAGGAGGGAGAUAAGCAAACCAAUACCUGAUUCUGCCCAAACAUAUGCAGAAGUAAUCAAGGAAGGUUUUCAUAUCCUCCACCAGAGGCACAAAGCCUUCAGAAAACGUUAUUGGCAACAAUACAGAGCAAUGAGGAAUUUUGAGGAACAGAACAAGUAUAACCAGGAACUUCACAGACAAGCUAUACUAGAAGAAAUGAAGAAGAGAAAGGCACAAAAACAGAAAGAAUUGCUUUCUUUCAGGGAUGGGCAGACUAGUUUAGAACCUUCAUCCAGGCUUUCAAAAGAUUCAUCUGGGAAACACUAUAGUUAACUUUGAUGUCUCCUUUUGAAUUGAACAAGGAUUAAAUUCACUGGAAGCAUGUUACAGAAUGACAAUUUAAAUAAAAUUAGUGAACCUCGGUUUGGUACUAAAUGUAAAUGCAUUGCUAAUAGACACAAAUGAGUGCUGCUACAUUAAAGGAGAAGCAUAAGAUUGUUUGAGAACACUACUGGAUAUAGUUUCUUUUAUUACUUCUGAAUAUGGCAUGUAUAAUUCUUUCCCAUUAUAUUUCAUUUUGUUGUUUCUGUUAUCAUUCUUUUUCCAGUUUAAGAAUAUAUUGACUCUAAAUU